CGUGAGCCACUUUUGGGUUUAAAGUAUGCGCCUUGGACUCUAAAUAAAGGUAGGGAAGGGCUGAUAGAGGCGCGCGGCUCCACUCGGAGGGCGUGCGGUGGCGCACGGGGGGCACACAGAGAGGGGCAGAAAAGGCAGUCUGCAAAAAAAGGAGGAAGCACGACUCGCCUUAUCGCGUCACUCCGCGUCGAGGCGUGAAGCAGGAAACAGCCUUUCCCCUCUCGGAUUUGUCGCCAAACGGGCAGUUUUGUCUUUGCUCAAUGCGACCCUCGGCCCAGAAGACGCGCGAGCCGGCCAGAAGGAAGAAUGCCUCCUCGGAUGGAGCCCGUCGCUCUCCUGCUCCUCGCCGUGCUCGCUUUGGAGGCGCGCCGGAGCGUCAGCGCGCUGCGCGUUCACCAGCGAUUCUCCACUCCGAGUCGCACCAAUAAUUUCGUCGUGGACCCGGCGUCCGGAAAGGUCUACGUGGCCGCCGUCAACAGCAUCUACCAGCUGAACGGGAGCCUGCGCGCGGAAGCGGAGAAGAGCACCGGGCCGGUGGAGGACAACCUGUUGUGCCACGCGCCCCAGCUUCCGCAGGCUCCGUGCCAGCAUCCCAAGGCGCUCACCGACAACCACAACAAGCUGCUGGAGCUGGACAGCGAGCAGGGGGUCGUGGUCGCGUGCGGCUCCGUGUACCAGGGCUUCUGCGAGCUCAGGAAACUGGGCAACAUCUCCGAGAUCGCCGUGGAGUUCCCACCCAAGGGCGAGAAGACCGUCUUCCCCAGCAUGCUCAACAUCGCCGCCAACCACCCCGACGCCUCCACCGUGGGCCUCGUCCUGCGCGGGGCCCACGGGGGCGACACCCGCCUGCUCGUCGGCGCCACCUACACCGGGGCCGGCACCCGCUAUUUCCCCAAAAACCACAGCAAGGAAGACCUGCGCUUCGAAAACACCCCGGAAAUCGCCAUCCGCUCCUUCAACGUCCGCGACCUGUCCAGACUUUUCACCUACGACAUCAACCCCUCCGAGGACAACGUCUUCAAGAUCAAACAGGAGGCCAAGAGCAAAAACAAGCUCCACUUUGUGCGCGCUUUCAAUCACAAGACUUACUCGUACGUCGCUUUCAAUAACGACGCCAAGAUGGGCCACAAGGAGAGCCAACCCAACAGCGUCCUCGCCAGGAUCUGUCUGGACGCCGGCGGCCAGAAGUCCAGCGGGCCGGAGAGCAGGAAGCUCACCGAGUCCUACAUCCAGGUGCCCCUCCAGUGCGGACGCAACGGCGACAUUUACAACCGGCUCCUGUCCGUCUACGCGGCCGACAUCCACGCGGACGACGCCGCGGAGGCCUACCUGUUUGGGGUCUUCUCCAAGGGCGACAGGAAGUCGGCAUUGUGCGCCUUCAAGUUUGCGGACAUCGAGGAGGAGAUCCGUCGAGGCCGCAGGAGCUGCUCCAACUCGCCCAGCAGUGACGUCCAGGUGCUGGACAGCGUCAUCCAGGGCUCCGGGGCAGCCUGCGUCCACAAAUGGAACCUGGUGCUGCAGCCAGAGCAGCUGGACUGCGGUGCGGCCCACCUGCAGCAUCCACUGGCCCUACGGAGGCCCCUGAGGGCCCUUCCUUUGUUCGAAUACACCGGUCUGAGCGCCGUGUCUGUGGACAACGUGCUCAACCACACGGUGGUUUUUCUGGGAACCAGUAACGGACGGCUUCGGAAGGUGACCCUCACAGCCAACAUGACGUCCGCUAGUCAGUGGACGCUGAAGCUGCCGGCCAGCGAGCCUGUCCACCACAUCAUGACCUUUGACCCCAACGACAGGACCUUCCUUUAUGUCAUGACCUCCCACCAUAUGCUGAGGGUCAAAGUGGCCCAAUGUGAGCAGUGGACCAGCUGCGGCGACUGCGUGGCAGCGGGCGACGCCCACUGCGGAUGGUGCACUUUGGAGAAUAGGUGCACCAUCCAGAAGGAGUGUGCCCAGGGGCUGUUGGCACGCUCCUGGAUCGCCAUGGGUGAAGGGCCACAGCAGUGUCCUUCCAUGACUCUAACACCCCCAGAGAUCAGCAUCUCUGCAGACAUCAAGGACGUGGGGAUUUUGAUAAACGGGAUCGUUCCCGAUCUGGUGGGCUUCCGGGUGGAGUGCGCGUACGGGCCGGGUCUGUCGACGGCCGCCACCUUGCACCUGGGCCGCGGCCCCGCUCAGAUCCAGACGUGUCCGCUCCUCUCUCGCGAAAACUACCAGCCGAUCCUCCCCGGCACAGAUCAUCUGACCGUCUCCGUGGCGAUAAAAGUGAACGGCACAUCUGUGGUGUCUGGAAGCUUCAUCAUCUUCGACUGUGGGAGGACUGGAGCAAUAAACCCCAAAACCUCCUGCGUUAGCUGCCUGAGCACAAUAUGGAAAUGCUACUGGGACCAGGAGAAGCACCAGUGCGUUUCCACUAAAGAUGAGACAAAGCACAACCUUCUGGAGAAUGCCGCUUCCUGUCCCAGUUUGGUGGCCGCAGAGGUUCCUCCGUCGCCAUCGGGGGCGGCCCAAGACUUUGCUAUAUCCCUGAGAAACAUCCAGGAGUGGGAGGAGCUGGAGUGCGACUUCGGGACAGAGCAGCGAUACAAAGCCACAUGGCUGAACAGCUCUACUGUCAAGUGCAGUGGUGUGACACUGUUGACCAAUCAGAGGAAUCACAUUUACCACCUCAACCUGAGGAGGAGGGGCUACCUUAGUGAGGGCACCUUUGUGGACAGCCCCCAGCCCAUGAAAGUGGAGGUGUACAACUGCGGCGUGGGCAGCGGCGACUGUUCGCAGUGCUGGGGCCGCGAGGAUCAGGGCCACCUCUGUGGCUGGUGUGAGAACAGCUGCCGACUGAGGGACGAUUGUCAGCCAAUCAAAGAGCAAUGUCCAGCGCCUGAGAUCCACAAGAUCUUCCCGCUGAGGGGUCCAGUGGAUGGAGGCACGCGCCUGACGGUGCAGGGCAAAAACCUGGGCCGCAGAGCCGAAGCAAUCAAAGUCUCCAUCGGAGAGGUUCCGUGUACACUCCUGCCUGAGCUCUACAGUGUCUCUGUUGAGCUAGUGUGUCUCACUGGGAGGUCUCGACAUGGCGGUACGGAUAUGAUCCAAGUGGACGUGGAUCAGAGCGGGACGGGCAAGUCAAAGGAGAGCUUCUCAUACUUGGUACCAAAGAUGGUCUCCAUGGAGCCGAGGAAAGGCUCUCGUGCCGGAGGGACCAGAGUGACCAUCAGUGGGGAACACCUGGGAAUUGGUUCUGAGGUUCGAGUCAUGGUCAACGACACGCUGGAAUGCAUCAUCACAGAGCGAACAGAUGACACCAUUCAGUGCACCAUGCCUCCAGCUCUGCAGGCAAGCAGCGAGUCGGUGGUAGUGUGUGUGGAGUUUGAGAACGUGUUCUGUCAGAGUGAGGAACUGAGCACCGCAUACACGUACGAGAAGAACCCCACGAUCAGCAUCAUCAAGCCCGAUAGGAGCUUCCUCAGUGGUGGCAGGACCAUCACGGUGGUGGGCCACGGAUUUGACCUGGUGCAGAGUGCCACCAUGCAGGUGCUGGGAAUCGGACGAACUAUCUGCGCAGUUCUUUCGCCCUCAAUGAUCACAUGCCCGUCGCCAGCCUCCAGCCGGUCCCAGCAGACCUCGGUGCAGUUCUAUCUUAACGGAGUCCUGUACGUGGACGACCGCCCCUUCCUCGCUGACAAUGAGGCCAAGGAAGAGGAGGAGGAAGAGGAGGCGGAAGAGGAGCUUCAGAAAGGUCACUUCCUGUUGGAUUACAUCGAAGAUCCUCAGUUCUUCACAGCCAACAAGGAAAAGUUGAUUAAACAUCACCCAGGAGAGCAACUGACACUCAUCAUCAAUAAAGGGCCCAGCAAUCUGGAGCUGAUGCCGGACGAAUACUCUGUGAUGAUUGGCCCGUACCCGUGUAACAUCAGCUUCCACAAUGACCAACUAUUCCAUUGCACCAUCAACGGCCUGCUGCGCUCCCAUGAGACAGAGAUGCCCGUCACUGUGCAAGUGGGCAACUUUCGGCACACCAUCGCCAAAGUGCAGCUUGGCGGCAGCGAGCUGGCCAUCGUGGUGUCCAUCGUGGUGUGCUGCGUCCUGCUGCUGCUCUGCACCGUGGCCCUUGUUGUUUACUGCACGAAGAGCCGAAGGGCAGAGCGCUACUGGCAGAAAACAUUACUCCAAAUGGAAGAGAUGGAGUCCCAGAUCAGAGAGGAGAUCCGUAAAGGCUUUGCGGAGCUGCAGACUGACAUGACAGACCUGACCAAGGAGCUUAAUCGGAGCCAGGGCAUCCCCUUCCUGGAGUACAAACAAUUCGUCACACGCACGUUCUUUCCAAAGAUGUGCUCGGACUACGAGAGGAGUCUGGUCCAGCCCGCCUACGAGUACGAUUCUCUGGGCCCUCGAGCUCUGCCGGAGACGCACCCGCUGCUGCAGGACUGGCAGGCCAGCAACCCGACCAGACCCAACGUCGAGGAAGGCAUCGCGCUGUUCGCCACCCUUCUCAGUAACAAGCACUUCCUCAUCACCUUCGUCCACGCCUUAGAGCAGCAGAAGGACUUUGCCGUACGAGACAGGUGCAGCCUGGCCUCCCUGCUCACUAUCGCCCUCCAUGGCAAGCUGGAGUACUACACCAGUAUCAUGAAAGACCUGCUGGUGGACCUCAUUGACGCUUCAGCCGCCAAGAAUCCAAAGCUGAUGCUGCGCCGCACCGAGUCCGUGGUGGAGAAAAUGCUCACCAACUGGAUGUCCAUCUGCAUGUACAGCUACCUCAAAGAAACGGUGGGCGAGCCUUUCUUCCUCCUGCUGUGUGCAAUCAAGCAGCAGAUCAACAAGGGCUCCAUCGACGCCAUCACAGGCAAAGCGCGCUACACCCUCAACGAGGAGUGGCUGCUCCGCGAGAAUAUCGAAGCCAAGCCGCAGAACAUCAACGUGUCCUUUCAGGGUUGUGGCAUGGACUCGCUAUCUGUCAGGGUUAUGAAUACCGACACCGUCUGCCAGGUGAAGGAGAAAAUCCUCGAAGCCUUUUAUAAAAACUUGCCGUUCUCCCAGUGGCCCCGAGCAGAAGAUGUGGACCUGGAAUGGUUUGACUCCGGCAGCAACAGCAAACUUCUGCAGGACCUCGACAACUCCUCAGUCAUGGAAGACGGGCGCAAGAAACUCAACACUGUUUUCCAUUACCAGAUCCCAGAAGGGGCGUCGCUCGCCAUGAGUAUGCAAGACAAGAAAGAGAACACCCUGGGGAGAGUCAAAGAUCUGGACACGGAAAAGUACGUCCACUUGGUCCUUCCGCACGACGAGCUGAUGGAGACCAGGAAGUCGCACAGGCAAAGCCACCGCAAGAAGGUGCUGCCUGAAAUCUACCUUACACGGCUUCUGUCUACCAAGGGAACUCUCCAGAAGUUCUUGGAUGACCUGUUUCAGGCUAUCCUCAGCAUUCCCUGUGAACAGCCCCCACUAGCUGUGAAGUACUUCUUUGACUUUCUGGAGGAGCAGGCCGAAAAACGGGGCAUCACUGACCCAGACACUCUGCACAUCUGGAAAACCAACAGUUUGCCGCUGAGAUUCUGGGUGAACAUCCUGAAGAAUCCCCAAUUUGUCUUUGACAUUGACAAGACGGACCACAUGGACGCAUGUCUGUCCGUCAUCGCGCAGGCCUUCAUCGACGCGUGCUCCAUUUCCGACCUGCAGCUGGGCAAGGAUUCUCCGACCAACAAGCUGCUGUACGCCAAGGAAAUCCCCGAGUACAAGAAGAGGGUGCAGUGCUACUACCAGCAGAUCCAGGAAAUGGCGCCUCUCAGCGAGCAGGAGAUGAACGCCCACCUGGCCGAGGAGUCUCGAAAGUACAGAAAUGAAUUCAACACCAAUCUGGCCUUGACUGAGAUCUACAAAUACGCCAAGAGAUACAGAAACCAGGUGGCGAACGCCCUGGAGGCCAACCCCACCGCCCGUCGCACGCAGCUGCACCACAAGUUUGAGCAGGUCGUCGCCCUGGUGGAGGACAACAUCUACGAGUGCUGCAGCGAGGCCUGAGCGUCCGUCGGCCGGCCAACGGCCGAGGACGCUGCGCGCCGCCCAAUUAGCCUUCGCCAGCGUCGUUGCCAUCCUGCCAAGUGUGAAACGUAGCGAGGAGGCCUGCAUUUGUCGGGCAGAAAUGGUUCCCCACGCGUCCGCCUCAGCUGCGCUUUAAAGGGAACAUGUAGGAUGAAGCUUUUGUACAGUUAGCUGGACUUAAAGCCCCGCUGGUCUUAAUGCACUGAACCCUUCCCCCGAGGGAACGAGCCAAUGAUGCACUGUACUGUAUUAUAAUGUCCAUAGCAAUAUUUAUAGAUGUGUUGUAAUGCUUUGACGUGGCCCGUCCGUCCGUCCGGAGGUUAGGAUGGUGAUAAAAGUCGUCCGUAAAGCCUGCAACAUUCUCAGGUGUGACUCACCACCGUCAGUGCUUUGAACAUUUUGUCCCAAUGUGCUUUGCGGCUGAAGCGGAGAGAAGUGGAGCAGCUCACUGGGAAGAGUUGCCGUCCAUGCGCAUCGUUCUGACCAAACUAGAGGGAAAUGUACAUUUAUGACAAAUGUGUGAUCUCCGUAUUAUCUCAAGACUGUAUGUGUCUCAUGACUGUAUUUGUGAUGCCAAAUGAUUUGUGAAAUAAACAACAGUAUUUAGGGUUUGCUUGUGUCCGUUUGGCGACGCCGGCGUUUGUUCUACUAAAUGUCACACGUCAGUGUUGGGGAGUAACUAACUACAUGUCACGAGAUUAUGUCAUUUCAUUACAAAAAUGUACGUAAUUGUAAUUACUGAGAGAAACUGUGUAAUUGAUUUACAGUUGCUUUUAGAAACGUCCAUGAUUACAAUUUUACAUACAUUUGAAAAAUAACUGCAAAAGCUCUGAUUGUUUCUUUUUUUUGUUUGUUUUUCAUAUCACGUCGUCCUGAUUGGCUCUCUGGUCGUGCUUUUCUGCCUUUGUCUCAAACAUGUCAAAUUUUUCCAAAUAUGACCAUAAAGUGCCACCUUGUGUUGAAAUAAAAGAUUAGCCUCAUAGUUACAGUACA